GCUUUUCUAAAAUCUUAAUUAUUACAUAACAAUAAAUUUCAUUUCGUAAAUUGGAAAUUAAAUUAAAAAUUUAAAUUAAAAAAGAAAACAGGUUAAUUUUUAUUUAAAAUAAAAAAAUCAAAUAAUGGCAACGAUUGAAGCAAAACGUGAACAAUUUCGUAAAUAUCUUGAACGUUGCGGUUUAAUUGAUAGUUUAAGUCGAGCUUUAAUUAAAUUAUAUGAAGAACAAAAUAAACCAGAUGAUUGUAUACGUUAUGUAAGAAAAUAUAUGUGUGAUUCAUGCCCAGAUGAUGAAGAUUAUGAUGAAUUAAAAGAGAAUUAUGAGAAAUUAAAAUUAAAAAUUGUUGAAUUAGAAGAAGAAUUAGAAAAAUUUAGAGCUGAUGUAACACGUACGCCAAGUGAAAUUUUAUCUCUACUUGAAGAUGGUUGGAAAAAAUUACAAAGUGAUACAACUGAUUCACUAUUAAAAAAAUAUUUCACCAAUGAAAUAUUAGAAGAAUUAAAAAGUGUAAAUACAACAAAGAAUGCAACACUUUUAGAUUGUUUACAAUCCGGUUUGAAAUUUCAUGAAUCAAAAUUGGGAAUUUAUGUUGCUGAUCCAGAAUGUUAUGAUACAUAUAAAUCAUUAUUUGAUCCAAUUAUAAUAUCAUAUCAUAAUAUUGAAGAUUCGAAUGCUGAAAAAUUACAAAAUGAUAUUGAUUGGGGUAAUAUUGCUGAUAUCGGAGAUUUAGAUCCUGAAGAGAAAUACAUUUUAUCAACAAAAUGCCGUGUUAUUAGAAAUUUAGAAAAUACAGCUUUUUCCCCAAUUUUAAAACAAGAAGAAUUUUUAGAAAUUGAAGAUAAGGUGAAAAAAGCAUGCGAACAACUUAAAGGUGAUUUAUCUGGAAAUUAUAGGACAUUGAAAGAAAUCGAUUUAGUAACACAGGAACAAAUGAUAAAAAACCACAUUCUAUACAAAAAAGGUAAUGAAUAUUUAUCAGCAGCUGGUUGCUACCGAUAUUGGCCGACCGGUCGUGGUAUAUAUACAAAUGAAAAAGAAAAUUUUAUUGUUUGGGUAAAUGAACAAGAUCAUAUGCGUAUUAUUUCUAUGAGCAAAGGAGGAAAUUUAGGUGAAGUAUACAAUAGGCUUGUCGAUGGUGUUCAAACUAUUGAAAAUUCAAUUAAAGUUGAAAGACAUUCAAAAUAUGGUAAUGUAACAAUAAAUCCUUGUAAUUUGGGUACAUCUUUAAAAGCAAGUGUUCAUAUUCGAUUACCAAAUUUAUCAAGAGAUGAUGACAGAUUUAAGGAGAUGUUAAAUCAACUUCAAUUACAAGUACGUGAUACAGCCGACGUAUAUACCACUCUUGAAGAAGGUGUAUUGGAUAUUUCAAAUAAACGUUGUCUUGGACAUUCCGAAUUCGAAAUUUUACAAUGCUUACAAGAGGGCAUAAAAGAAUUAAUUAAAGCUGAAGAAGAAUUAGAAUAGUUUAAUUACAA